AUGAAGGUCACCCUGGUGCUCCUGGGGCUGGCAGCUCUGUGCCUGGCACUUUCCACUGCAGAUGCUGCCACGCAGAAUGAGGUGGAUUGCAGCGAGUACAAGAGGCUGGAGAGGGGCAGGCCCAUUUACUGUGAGAGGCUCUACCAACCCUACUGCGGCUCUGAUGGCAAAACCUACAACAACAAAUGCUCCUUCUGCAAGGCUGUGCUGAAGAGCAGAGGGGCCCUGCAGAUGAAGCAGGCAGGAGCGUGCUGA